GGCGUCCAUGGUCGGUUACAUUAUCUCGGCGAGAAGAACACUGACACGACCUCCAAGAGGAAGCUAGCAUGCAAAACACCAGCAUUAAGCGUACUCGAGACGAUUCACGAUGUUCGUGGACUUCACGACAAUUUCACUCUUGACCUCCAUGGAUUUCGCUAUGUCAAAGCACCAACCAAGUUCGAAGGUUGGGCAUCGGAGCAGGACAUAAAACGUCAUCUCAUCCCUGAGAUUGAGGACUUGUUGCGCCAUGAACUGGAGGGCUGCGAUGAGAUAAACGUUAUCGACAUCAAGCAGCAACAUCACGAGAAUCGUUGCAAUAAACUGGUCUGUGUCGAUUACACCGCACCAAGUGUAGAGUCACUGUUGCACCAGAUGUACGAGAUAAAGGCCGACUACCUACUCGCAGGAAGAGUUCGCCUGAUCAAGCCAAUUCAGUGUUCCGUAACCAGAUCUCCCAUUGCGAUCGCGGAUGGCAGUGGAGUUGUCGCACAGAGGGAUAUCUCGACGACAAAUACUGGUUCACCCAGGCGUUACGGGAUUUAUCGCGACGGAUGUUACUGGUAUUAUAUGAGCGAGCAAGCCGAGGAGGACGUCCUGUUGUUCAAGACCUACGACAGCGACCAGAGUGUACCUGCUACUACAUAUCUCCGCACAACGUUCGACAUACCCAACACUCCUACCGACACGAUCUCCAAGACAAUCGAGAUACAAGCGUUGGUCUUUACGCAUCCCGUCAACAAGCAAGUUUCAAAUGAUGGGCAAUUGGAAGAAAAAGAUAUCCAGUCGUUGAAGAGAAAGAUCAGUGCCCUUUCAGACGAAGUCUCGCACAACCAAGCGCUGGUCAGAGCAGGCUUGGAUCUUCGUCAAUGGGAAUCUAGCAAGACAGCGGAGCGAAUACAUCACCUCAUCUCUGACCGCGACCACUCCCGUGCCGAAACUCUUGCAUUGAGCAUGCAGCUCAACUACUUGGAGGACUGCGUCGCAAACUUCUACAUGUCAUGGAGCUCUUCAUGUCACCAAGAUGCCUUGGUUGGCCAGAUGCAACAUUUGAUAUGCUCGACACCAAGAUUGCGUCAAAGUCUCGGACAGGAUCAACAGGCGCACCUUAGUCUUGUACAGAGCAUGAACGUGUACGGACCGGAUGCCGAGAUGCUGCUGUUACGCCAACGAUUGCAAGCUCAAUGUGCCGAGAACGAGAGGCUCAAGGUUCAGAUCAAUACUCGGGUCGAGGACAAGAUGAAUGAGGCCUUCAGCUCUGCGCUGCAGGUGGCGGUCAAGAAUGAGCGUGGCCAAGAUAACGUGGUUAUUGAAGCUCUGCGCCAGGAGAUCUAUAGGCUGCAUUUGUCGCUGGAAGCGAAGACUCCUGAGAGCGAGGACUCCACUGAAUUGACAAGG